AGGGACUCGAUUCCAUAAAUUGCCAGUGCAGUAAAGUGACCCAGAUUUCGGAGCUGACCAACACGCAGCCCUCAGGCCUAGAGGGGCUGUCAGUGGAGCUGGAAACUGUCCUGGGGGAAAUUAAAACCCUGCAGAUCAGUCAGGAGGCCAGCAUUCAGUCAUUGCAGAGAACAUACAAUGAACAUAGCGAAGUUAUGAUAGAGCAAAUGUGUGGCAAUUUAAAUACUUUUAUAGAUGAAUGUGAUAAUAAUUCUGUGGGUACAUCAGGCGGAAAUGAGCAAUAUUUAAAAGAAGAGAUGUGUAGGAGUGUUCUCUCUAUCGUGAAUGAAUUUGAUAAUAUUACUGCGAAGGAACUUAACGAGAUGAGAGAUGAAGUUAUAAGCAUUAAAGGGUCAGUUACAAGUUCUAUGCAUAAAUGCACCAGUCUUCACAAUGACUUGUCACAUUUGCAUGAAAUUGUUCAGAAAAUUGGAGAUCAUAAGCAGCUCUGCCUUAUAGCCAGCAUAAAAUGUAAGCAUAUAGUACAGCAGGCAUUGACUCUGCUAGGAAAGUCAGGCAAGGUGUUUAAGGUCCAGAGUAAUACUGAGCACAAUGUGAGAAUACCAAGUGAUUCAAAUUCAUGUCAUAUCACAGGCAUGUGUGCUCUCCCAGAUGGACAGGUCCUGGUUGCAGACAGGGGUAAUAAGAGAGUCAAGCUUCUGAGCCAGCAGUACAAGGUGGUGAGUCAUUGGGAUGUGAAUGCUGAGCCACAGGAUAUAUGUCAGAUCACACCCAGUGAGGUUGCAGUGACUGUGAAUACUAGCAAGAUACAUGAGGUCCAGUUUAUCACUGUCAACCAGGGAAAGCUUGUUCCUGGCAGGAAGUUUCAGUUACAACAUGAAUGUACAGGUAUUGCCCAUCACUAUGGAGACCUUUUUGUCACCUCUGGUAAAGAACUGUACAAAUACACGCUGAAUGGCAAACUGAUCUGCAGACUCUAUGAACAACAUGGAUCGACUGAUUUUACAGCAGACCCAGCACUACGAGGCCCAGAGUGUCUACAUGUGACCCCUGCAGGCCAGGUGCUGGUCUGUGGAGCCUGGUCCGACACUGUACUACAGUCGCUGCUGAGUCAGGACAACGAUGCUGAGGCUGUGGUGGACAAGAAUGACCUGAAUACGCAGAAGGCGUGUAAACUGUCCAAAGAGAACACGCUUCUGACGCUUAUGCUGAUGAAGAAAGGCAGUGAUGACUUGGCAGUGAUCACCCAGAGCACAAUACAUCUUUGGGGCAUGCCUCAGACGCAAAUUGCUCCAAAGAUUAUAAACAAGGCGCAAAAUGUGAACAUGUCUAGCUUUGUUACGAGCACUUCCCACUCCGAGCCCAUAGGUCUCGACUUGAUGCAAUCCUUGAUUGGUACCCAGCUUAACAACAGGCUCUUUGGUCAGCUGGUCCCAGAUGCCCAGAGACACUUCCUGUGCAUCGGGGGUAGUUGGCUCUUGGCGCAGGACCUCGCUCAACAAAUCCUUCCAGCAGGGAGAGCACCAGCAUUGACUAUUGUGUUGGCCCAACAACAGCACCAGUCAGGCAUGCAUGAGCCCCAGUCCAGGACAACCUUUCCCCUACCCUGA